AUGGUCGCUCUGUUUACCUUACCAAAUGAAUUGGUCCUUUUUUCAUUAGCAUCUCAAUUUCCGUGUAGAGAACAGCAGAUUCGCUCUCUAACCACUUUACUCUCUAUACAAGCGGCUCCAAGCAGAAACAUUGUACUUCAUGGGCUUGAAGCAACUGGCAAGUCUACAAUAACGAAAGCUGUCCUUGAAGCACUAUCGACCCAUUCCCCGGCAAACAAUAGCUCUCCCGAAGAGCAUUUCAACAAUGAAUUACAAUAUGCCAUAAUCAAAAGCGCAGAAUGCAUAUCUGGAAGGCAUUUGUUGGAACAAACUAUAGGAGCUGUCGCGAAUGCGGUAGAAUGGAAGGAAAACAUACCGAGAUGUGAGAAUCUCGCACAAUUAGUAGUGGAGGUAGGAAAAUUGCUCGAAGGUUGGACCGCAACAAAUGAGGCACAAGCUGCAAAACAAAGAUUCGUUCUUGUUUUUGAUGGCGUUGAUAGACAGAGAGAAGCUCCUCCUACUAUGCUGCCAGCAUUGGCCCGAAUGGGUGAGAUUAUACCCAAUCUUACCACGAUUUUCAUCACUACAAUACCUCGACCUAGCUUUUUCCACCUCCCUGGAAUUCCUCAUAUUCAAUUCCCAUCAUACACUAAACCAGAGCUUGUGACGAUUCUCUCGCGAACUUGCAAACCCUCUCCUAGACUUCCCGACGGUUCCAAAGAAACGUCUUCUAUUUGGGAAAGGUUCCUUCCCACAACUUAUGACUCCCUUUCUAAAUACUCAGGACGAGACCUUGUUUCGUUUCGCGAGAUCUGCCUUCAACUAUGGCCUACCUUUAUCCAACCAAUAAUCAAUGGGACAUAUACGUCGAACGAAUUCUCUCGCCUUCUCAUCGCAAAUCGUGCACUUCUCCAAAAUGAUACACUUCUCACACCAUCUGUUCUUGCUCCUAUUACGUCUAUUUCCGUUGCCAAAAAUGGAACUUCUAACACAAGCACCGCUCAGCUUCGAGCCCAAAACAACAUCACAACCCAUCUCCCGUAUCACACUCGUCUUCUACUCAUCGCUUCCUAUCUUGCUUCUCACAACCCCCCUCGCACAGAUCAACAUCAUUUCCUCCAACAAACUGCAACCAAGCGUAAAAAGCGCGGUGGUGGUACGGCUCUCACCGCUUCCACCUCUCGACCCGGCGUCUCUAAAUCACGCAAGAUUCCUCGCAAACUACUUGGGCCCCAGGCAUUUCUGCUGGAAAGAAUGAUCGCUAUCUACCAUGUGUUACUCGAAGAUGCCGAUGGUCGAGGACGCUAUUCGGCUACAAGUGGGAAUUUAAAAAGGAAAACCAAAGGACUAGGCGCUGGAGAAGCGGACAUACAAAUGGCUGUUGCGACACUAGCUAGCUUACGCUUGAUCGCUAAAAUGGGGAGUGCAAAUGCGGCAGAUACUUUGGAUGGAGGAAGUAGAUGGAGAGUUGCGGUGGGAUGGGAGGUAGUCAGGGGGAUUGCCAGGAGCGUAGGAGUUGAGGCAGAGGACUAUCUGGCAGAAUAA